UUUGGGCGCUGCGCCGCAGCUGGUUUGCCCAAGUUCUGCGUGCCGGUUUCGGUUGCUGUGGCUCGGGUGCGGGGCGUUUGUGGCGGGCUUCCGGGCCCCAGUCCCGCUGCCCUGGAGCCGCGAGGAGAGCCCUUUCCGAAAAGUGAAGGGAGUGACCUGUGCGGAGGCUAACGGGUGAUUUUAAAAAUGGACCAAUAUGGAAAUGGACUGGAAAUUGAUCAAGCUCAGCUGGGAAUGUGUAGACAACUUGGGGAUAUAUUCACAGAAGAGAAAUUCCGUUACAUGUGUAUUCUUUCUGGCUGAGACUAUCACUCAUCACUGCGUGGGAUUAGAUUAGCAAAGGCAUAAGUGCUAAGACUGGCCAAUAAUCCUGAGAUUAUAAAGGUUAUCAAGAAAAUUGGACAUUAUCUCAAGAUGAAUAUAACAGUACCUGAGGAUUACACUGAAGGAUUUAUUCGAGCCAACAACACCUUCCUUUAUCAGCUAGUUUUUGAUCCCAUCAGAAGGAAACUCAUCCCUCUGAAUGCCUAUGAAGAUGACAUUGAUCCAGAAACACUAAGCUACGCUGGACUGUAUGUUGAUGAUGCUAUAGCUCUUCAGAUAGCACUUGGCAAUAAGGAUAUCAAUACUUUGGAGCAGAUUGAUGACUGCAAUCCAGAACUGCCAUGGUUUUUUUGUAGUUCUCUGGAUUCUGCUGAUUGCGUGUCAAAGGAAGAGAGCAACCAGGGUCUCAAUGAGACAGCUGUCACAGAAAAGGAGAACACUCCAAGUCAAUCCGAUUGUCCAAACCUAGAAGGCAAAAAACUGGAAGCCUGUAAUUCAGAUGAUCAGAUUCCAGAAGAUGUCACUGUGUUUAUUGAUGAAGAGCCUCAGACUCUGAAGACCAGCAAAUUCACACGGACCAUUUCACCAUCCACUUUGGGGACAUUAAGAAGUUGUUUUAGUUGGUCUGGGAGUCUUAAAGAGUUUUCAAGAAGUCUGAGCCCCCCUACAAGCACAGCACUGCAGCAGUUCCAGAGAAGGAGCAGUUCCCCCACCUCUGUGCCUGAACAUGGGAAGGCGUGUGAUGCAUCUCAGUUAAAGACCGAUGCGUCAGUUGAUGAACUUCAUCCCUUCCAUGAAGAAGGCUGUUCUUCACAGUCUCAGGAAAGUGUGGAAUUAUCAUCACCACACAGUUUAAAUACAUCAAAACUGUCUCAGCCUUCCAGUAAAGAUUCUGAUUCAGAGGAAUCUGAUUGCAGUAUUAAAUCACUUGAUAAUCAAGAUAAUCAGAACUAUAAGCUGCAUUUAUCUCAUUUCUCAGCAAAAAGCACACUACUGAAGAAUAAGGUUCCUGGGCUGUAUAAAUCCAGUUCUGCAGACUCCCUUUCUACCAAGAUCAAACCUCUGGUGCCUGCCAGAGCCAGUGGGCCGAGCAAGAAGUCAGCCAGCAUCCAGAGGAGAAAUCACCAUAAUGCUGAGAACACGCCAGGAUUGCAGAUAAAAAUCAAUGAGCUGUGGAAAAAUUUUGGCUUUAAAAAAGAUUCCGAAAAGCUUCCUUCUUGUAAGAAGCCCCUGUCUCCAAAGAUAACAUCCAACUAACUCCAGAAAUGGAAGAGGAUAUAUUUAACAAGCCUGAAUGUGCUCAUGUUCAGAGAGCAAUAUUUUAACAAUUGCAGACUGCUAGGAGGCUGUUGCUUGCAAGAGAAUCUUAUCAAUUUGAAGUCCUUAUUUGAGAAUAAGGCAAUUACCAGCUUGAAAGAUUUGUUCUUAAAUCUAUGCCAUUUUAAAAAUAGAGUUUGUUUUGUAUAUUAACUAUGUAAUUCUUUUGCUCAGCUUUUUAUAUUUUCACAAGAAGCUAAUAAGAAGAACAAUUCUAUCUUUGACAGGUUUUGGAAGUUUUAAUUAAUUAGGAAAAUCCCCUGAAGUGUAUACAAUUCUGAAGAUUUCUGUAAUGUCUAGUACAAAGAUGUUAAAUAUAAAGCUACAAUUCUAUAUUUUUUUUUCUUAAAGGAAAUCUAUUUCUCCAGGGUUCCCUUUUUCCCACCUACUUUUCCUAUCAAUCCUCAGGGUUCAAUUAAAAAUAAAGCUACUGAGAUGGCAGGUGUAGUUGAAAGGGUUAAAGAUCAGUAAACAAAUGGGAGGAUACUCUGGUCUUCUUGACGAGUUUGAUUGGAUUGCAGAUUGACAGUCCAGGACAACUAUUUUCAGCUGCAUGUGAGAGGAAUUACCUCUUUAUCAUUAAUAUUCUUUGCUUAUUAUUUUUAUUUUAUUUGAAAGGCCAAGGGAGAGAGAGCGAUCUCUUCUAUCCACUGUUUCGCCCUCCAGAUUCCUGAAAUAGCCAAGGCUGGGAUAGGCCAAACCUGGGACCCUGGAGCUCCAUCCAUCUGGUUGCAUAUGCAGGUGGCAGGGACUCGACUACUUGAGCCAUCAUCUGUUGCCUACCAGAACACCCAUUAGCAGGAAGCUGUUUCAGAAUCAGAGUAACUAGGACUUGAACUAUGCAUUCCAUUAUGAAGUUUGGCCAUUCCAAGCCACAGCUCAACCCAGUGCUCCACAGUGCCCUGAUCAUUAAUAUUCUUAGCUUAAAAUAACAUCACUUUUUCUUAAUAUAUACCUUUUUUAAAGUGUGGGCUAAAAGGUCCUUAACAUGUAUGAGUAUUUCAAAGUAGUGCACUAAAUACUGUGGGAUAUACUAAGGCUGCAAGGUCUGUUAUGUGUGCACACUACAGGGAAAUAGGCAGAUGCCUGGGAGGAACCAACUACCCAAGUGAAGAUCUGAAGGGAUAGGAAGUAGAGGGAUUAUAAAAGUGCAAAAGGAUACAGGAAAAGGACCUAGAGUAUCCUCACUUUUAAAUAAAACUUAGUGGAGGACUCUUGGAAAAAGGUAUCAGAGUGAAACAAAAAAUAACCAAAAAUUCCUGCAUGAAAAUUUUAAAAGACCCAAUCAGGAAAGAUCUAAUGCAAAGAACAAAAGCAGAUUUGAAUUUCCUGUGAAUGUUUCCUAAUAUAAAACAAAUUAUGACUGUGAUUCAAACAUCAUCUAUAAAUAUUUUUCUCCUCAA